CAUAUGUGUGUGUGCGCGGCCCGGGGAUGGCACCGGGGCGGGGGGGGGGGGUUAACCUAAGGACGUGCCCGGUUGGGGGUGUGCAGCGUGGGACACGGGUGGCAUUGCACAGGGGCGCGUGGUUGCGAGCGGCGAGCAGGGCUGGCCUUGCAAGGGGUGUGCAUGUGCAGUUGCAGGCUGGUGUUGGCCUUGCACGGGGUUUGGGAGGGUGUUUGUAACCUGGGAGCAAGGCCAGCAUUGCACGGGGUGUGCAUGCACGAGGUGUGCAUGCACGAGGUGAGGUCUCUGGCUUGCCUUGCAUGGGGGCAUGCAUGUGCAAAGUAGAGUUUCUGGUUGGCGUUGCACAGGGCGUGCAUGUGCGAAGUAGGGUCUGUUGUGAAGCAUUUGAGUGUUUGCAAGCUGGGAGCAGGGCUGGCCUUGCACAGGGCAUGCGUGUGCAAGCUAGAGACUUAUUGGCCUUGCACACGGUUUAUGUUCAUGCUUGUGAGCUGGGAGGAGUGGUGGCUUGUCAUGGGGUGUGCGUGUUGAAAAUAAGGUCUGUGACUUGCCUUCCACAGAGGCGUGCAUGUCCAAAGUAGUGUCUGUGGCAUGCAGUUCGGGUGUUUGCAAGACGAGAGCAGGGCUGGCAUUGCACUGGAGACUUGCACGGGGCCUUGCACAUCCCUGUCUUGCACAGGACUGGCCUUGCAUACAGCAUGCACGUGCAAAGUAGAGACUUGCUGGCUUUGCACAGGGUUUAUUUGUGUUUGCAGCCUGGGAGCAGGACUGGCCUUGCAUGGGGCAUGCAUAUGCAAAGUAGGGUCUGCAGCAUGGAGUUUGUAUGUUUGCAAGCUGUAGGAGAAGAGCUGAUCUUCUACAGAGUAUGCACAUGCAAACUAGAGACUUGUUGGUCUUGCAUAGGGUUUGUGCAUUUGUAAGCAACUUGGGGACAGGGCUGGCCUUGCUCGGGGAUGUAUGCCAAGAGGAGCAUGAAUGCUUCAGUGGCAGCAGUGGGUUCAGCUGGUGCAGGGCUCCAAGGCAUGUGCAUACCCAGUGCGUCUUAGGAAGCCUCUGGGCAUGAGUGUUCUUUGCAUUCUCAGCCCAUGUGGCUGUGAAUCAGCUGCUGGGAUGGAAAUGUCAUCCUCAGACUUGUAAACAAAUAUUUUUGGGAAAAUGUAGGUAGGGGAACAAAAAUCUCAUUGAACAGAGAAAGCACUGCUCCUGCCGUAGUCCUUGGCCAACUUUGCAGAACCUUUUUUGUUGUUGUGUUUGUACUUUAAAAUGUAUGAAGAUGAGUUUAGUCCUAGAUGCACGGGACACCAUCUGGGAAACUCUGUUUCAUUGUCUUUGUGUGCAUAUCAAAAAAGCAGAAGGCUUUGCAACCUAGAAGUGUGUUUUUCUUCUGCCUCGCAUGCAUGGAACGUAAACUGAGAAACCUUCGUCUGUUUGUAUUUUAAAUGCACUGUGAUAUUUAUAGCUCAGGCCGUGUCUUCAUGUAUGGGAACACAGAACACACAUGUGCUUAUUUGUUUGCAAACUUGGAGAUGGCACGUGUGCACUGCAGGAUUGCAGUCCCAAGACUUUGCUUAUCAAGCUGGGUAGAAAUGUAGGAUUGCAUAGAAUUGGAGAGAUACUGGUGCUGCGUGUUCUGGGGGCUUACUUGGAAGCUUUUCCCUUACCUCCCUCUCCUUUAUUCAUCUAACAGAAUCAUAGAAUUUUUUGAAUUGGAAGGUACCUUUAAAGGUCAUUUAUUCCAACUCCCCUGCAGUGAACAGGGACACCUACAGCUAGAUCGGGGUGCGCAGAGUCCUGUCCAGCCUGACCUUGACUGUCUGCAGGCGUGAGCCAUCCACCACCUCUCUGAGCAACCUGUUCCAGUGCCUCACCACUCUUAGUGUAAAAAAAUUUCUUCCAGUCAUCUCCAAGUUGGUCUCUGGCUAUUCCCAGGGUGCUGAUGACGCACUGAUUCCCUUUCUCCAGACAUCAAGUGAGCGGGAAAUAACAUCCUCUGCUCCCUCCCAAGCCUUGCUGUUUUGCUGUGUCUGUUGAUGCAAUUGAAAAUAAAAAGCGCAAGCGCCGAUAAUGUGGCUUUACAGGAUGUGGGAAACACUGAGCUCAAGUGUAAAUGUAAUUGUGCAUCUUCUGCAGUCCUGGCUGCUCAGUUACAUCUCCCUCCCUGCUUUCUGCUGAUUUGUGUCUAAAAUGAGGAGAGCAGGAGCUUGGAAAAACUUCUUGGAUGUGGAGCCUUUGCCUUGCAUCUUAGAAUAUCGCAGAAUCAUAUAAAUAUAGAAUAUCCCAAAUUGGAAGGGAUGCACAAGAAUCACUGGGUCCAAUUCCUGGUUCCACGUAGGACCACCCAAAAUUCAAACCCUGUGUCUGAAAGUGUUGCCCAAGCGCUCCUUGAAAUCCAACAGCGUGGGUCUGUGGCCACUGCUCUGAGGAGCAUGUUUCAUGCCCACUGCCCUCUGGUGAAGAGCUUUUUCCUCAUACCAGCCUGACCCUUCCCUGCUUCUAAUGAAGGGUGGUGGAGACCCUGGACCAUGAGGGUUUGGACAUCUGCCCGUGCAGCUCCUCUUGGAUAAGUUGCUGGAGCACCUUGCUUUGGGAUUGCAGAGAUGCUCUGAGGAUGAAUGCUGGAAAUCUGGUGUUUGGCACUUCCCUAGUGUUGGCCUUUACUUUGCUCAAAGGAUUGCAAAUGAUGCCGAGAGUGAGAGCGAAAUUUGUGUGCUGUCCUUGGCUCAUGGCCCAGAUCUGUGGGUGGAAAGUUGAGUGUGUGAAUGAUACAGGGCUAUAUAGACUUACAGAAUCAUUAAGGUUGGGAAAGACCACUGAGAUCAUCUAGUCCAACCAUCAACCCAUUGCCACCAUGCCCACUUAACCAUGGGUGAUGGAGUCACGGUCCCUGGAGGUGUUCAAGAAAUGUAUAAAUGUGGAACUGAGCGAUACAGUUUAGUGGGCAUGGUGGGGAUGGUUAAUGGUUGGACUUAGAUGAUUUUAGUGGUCUUUUCCAAACUUAAUGAUUCUAUGAUUCCCUGCCAGCAAGAUGCGUAUUCUGAGGCAAGAAGUCAUUCUUGCGUAUCUUCAGAAGUCUGCACAUUGAUAUUACACCACUUAAAAUCUAAUUUAAAAAAAAAAAAAAAAAGCAAAGAGGAGGCAAGCUGUAAAUGAAUGAGUCUAUCCUUCCCCUUGCUUAUAAAUAUAUAUCAAAUGGUAUUUUGAAUUGCUGAUUCUUCUGGGAGUUCAGGGAUAUUUAAAUAGCAAAUGGGAAAGGGUAAAUAAUAUCAAGAUAAAAAUAAAUGCUUUUGAGUCCCUGCCUGUGCCAUAAAUGCAUUCUGCUCUAUGAAAAUUGAAAGAACUUUAAGAAAACUAAUUUACUUUUGCUGUUUUUGUCUUCCUUUCUUCACUUCCACUAGAUUGAGUGGGCAGAUGGCUUUUGCUUGGCUUUUGAGGCAUCUUCUGGGGUUGCUGUCAGCGUGAGUAAUAGUGUAAAUCUGUGACACCUGAGGGCAGGAGGAGCCUUUGUAUGUGUUUUGCAUAGGGUUGGAAUCAUCAAGAUGAAGCUGCUAACAGCAGAAGGGACCUGUGUGUCCAUGUCUGAUGCUGUGCUUGAGACCUCGUGGUUGGAUGGGGUCCAUGGAUGGAUGGAUGAGGCCCAUGGAUGAUCAGAAGACUGAGUCCUUCCAUGUGGUCUGUGUAUCUUGCAAAGCAGAUGCAUGUGCCUCUGGUGGCACUCAAAUUUCAUCCAGAUAUUUAAACAUGAGCUUAAUUCACAAAAUGAAGCACUGCAGUGUACUGAAGCUCUGGUGCUUGCUAGCUUAAGAUUGCAGUGCUUCUCCUCAGGCAGCAUCCUCAGUCCUUCAAACUGCAUCUUUUUUGCAGCCUACUUUUUGACUCAUGCAUUUCCUCAAAAUCUGGCUAGACACAUGCGUUGGUGCUGGCAACAGCGGUGUUAGAUGUUACAGGGAUGAAGGAUGCUCGUGCCCAUUGCUUGAUGUUGAGUGCCCAUGGAACUGUGUAUGAAAUUGAUACUGCAGCUCUGGCUGGAAGCACAUGCUGUUUUGCUGUCAGAAAGGUUAUUUGUGUUUUUUAAUAAUGCACUGCGUUUCUGCCAAAGGAAUAUGGUCAAAAUGGGAAUCCUGCUCUAUUUUUCUGCUCGUCUUGCAAAUGCUGGCAAGCAAAAGGUUGUGAAGAACUUACAUCCCUGUAUCUUACCUUUUAAAGGAAACUGGCUGGGUUAACCUGUUUUGCAUAGACUUCUGUUUGCAAUAUGAAAUGACAAGAGACUCAGAUAUGAUAUGAAGGAACUCCCUAACUUGUUCAUAGAUGCUUUGGAAAGAAAAAAAUUGAACAACUUGAUGAGGAGCUGUGUGGUAGAGUCUAUAUAUAAAGCCACGAAUGCUGUUUAGCUUUCUUUUUUUCUUUUUUUCCUCCCAGAAAGCCCUUUUUAUUUACCACUUGCAUGCGAUAGCUCAUGACUGUGACCACAGUCAGCAUUCAGUGGCGCUCACGUGCCCUCAAAUUAGGAGGAAAAAGCAGUUUUUUGGUUCUAUUUGGAGAACACAAGGUACUGUCUCACUAGGCUUGCAAGCAAUGCAAUGGUGGCUUCAAGCUUGGGUAAAACUUGCUGUAGGGAAGUGUGGGCAGUUUGCUGUCUGUUCGGUACAAAGCAUCAUCUGAGACUUUCAUGGAGGGGGAAAGUGUUGGUAUGUAGAAAAGCUGCUGUGAGUGGUGUUGCUAGAGGUUGGAGAUGAUAGAGUUUUUUUUGAAAGGAAGCAUUUUCAGUGUGAGUGAGCAAUUUUCCCUCCCCAGUGUUAUUCAGGGAACGCCACAUAACAUCCAGAUUUCCUCCUUGAAUGUAGUUGUCAGCAGAUAAAGAGCAUUGAAAUUUUCAGCGUGAAUAAUUUGUUCAGAAAACACAUUAGCAGCAAAAAAAGAGGACUUUUUUAUCAAUAUGAGCAGUGGCCACAACUAACUGUAGAUAACUGCAAGUCCAUUGAAGCUGAGUUAUUAACCAAAUGCUUUGCAGCAUCCCUUCCCACCAAGCAUGGCUCUCCUUAUCCCAUCUUGGAGUUUUUGUUAUGCUCUGUGUUUUUCUAACUUCUGUGGUGAGAGGAACACUGCUGUGCAUCAGCUUGGUGAUGGGGAAGCGGGAUGAGGCUGCAGGAACUCAACUGAACUACGUUGACUCACUGUACAUGGUUGAUUUUCUUCAUUUGCUAUUUAUUGUGUUUGGAAAAGACCUUCAAGAUUAAGUCCGAACCAUCAGCCUGAUCUGCUGAGUCUUAUUACUAAACCAUGCCAGUGCUAUAUCCACAUGUCCCUUAAAUACCUCCAGGGAUGGGGACUGGACCAUUUCUCUGGCCAACCUGUCCCAGUGCUUGGCAACUCUCUCCAUGAAGAAAUUCUUCCUUGUAUCCAGUCUAAGCCUCCCGUGGUGUAACUUGAGGCCAUUUCCUUGUGAGUACGGAGGAAAAAAAGACUGACUCCCCCACCUUGCUUCUUCUGUGUUCUGUACUGAGAUAGCAGUUCAGACCAUUAUGGGCUGGCUUAGAGACUAUGUGAAAUGACCUUCUUUUUGCUGUGGAUCUUUAUUAAUAAGAAACCAUUAAAGAAAAAUACAUUAAUUGCUACAACAGCCCAAAAUUAACUCUGGUGAACUGUGCUUUAUAUUCCCAGCUGGCAAAAGAAAAUACUCAUGUUAUUGUAUGAGAGUAGUGCUGUGCAUUAAGGUGUAGAUUUAUCUACAUAUGUUUGUUUACUUUUUUUUCCCCACAUCUUCCAUGUUGCUGCAUCCUUCUGUUGGAACCUGGAUAUUUUCCGCUGUUCAUGGAGUCAUAGAAUGGGUUGGAUUGGAAGGGACUUUAAAGAUCAUCUUGUUCCAACGCCCUGUUAUGGGCAAGGACAUCUCCCACUACACCAGGUGGCCAAAGCCCCAUCCAACCUGGCUGUGAGCAGUUUCAGGGUUGGAGCAUCCAGGGCUUCUCUGAGUAACCUGCUCCAGUGCCUCACCGUCAUCACAGUGAAGAAUUUCUUCCUGCAAAGCCUAAUGAAAGAAGCCACUGAGAAAAGUCUUUGGUCUGUUGUCCUGCUGCUGCCUUGUGCCAAACCUGUGGCUCCACAUCUCAGGGGAAUAGAAGCGUGGGUUUAAAGUGCAAUCCUACAUCCACUGCUAUCUAGAAAAUGUCUUAUGGAUCCAUUGAUGGGAGUGGAUUUGGGAGGAACCCAUUUGGAGGCCCUUCGAGACAAGGCUAUCAACCUCUCGCCACCCAGAUUGAUCCCAGCGAACUACAGGAACUUUUUCAGGAGACUUCAGCCAACGUCUUCCGAAUUAACUCCAGUGUGACCUCUCUGGAAAGAAGUCUUCGAUCUUUGGGAACCUCCAAUGAUACUCAAGAGCUGCAGGACGGACUGCAUGCAACCCAGCAAGAGACUAAUAAAACCAUCACAACUAGCACCAAAGCCAUCAAGCAGCUGUCUGAGGUUGUCAGAGGCUCAUCCAGGCAAGAACGACUUCAGCUGGAUAGGCUGAAGAACCAGCUGUCUGAUGCCAUCCAGAGAUAUGGAACUGUGCAGAAGAAAAUAGCAGAGAAAUCCAAAGCUUUGCUUCCUACUGGGCAGAGAAGUAGCAAACAAAGUCCUAGGACUCCCUUCUCUGACCUGGCCGAUGAUGAGAAGAUCUUUAACGGAGGAGAUGGCACGUGGCAAAACCAGAGUCAGGAUCAAGCCUUGCUCUCAGAAAUCACAGAGGAGGAUCUGGAAGCCAUCCGUCAGCGAGAGGAGGCCAUUCAGCAGAUUGAGAGUGACAUGCUCGAUGUGAACCAGAUCAUUAAAGACCUGGCCUCCAUGGUACAUGAGCAAGGAGACACAAUAGAUAGUAUUGAAGCCAACAUUGAGACUGCAUCUUCUAAUGUAGAAUCAGCCAAUGAGCAGUUGGCAAAAGCAAGCCAGCACCAAGUCUUGAGUCAUCUUAGACAAGAUGCUGGGGAAAAGCUAGACACAAAGAGGAGGUCAUGCCAGUUCCAUGCCUACAGAUCUCAACAGGAAAAAUCCAUCUAAGAACAUUACCAGUGUCUUUGUUGGUUGUCCUGGUGAAGAUGAAGGACUGAAUAAGCCCCAAGCUUAGAAUAUCUUUUGCCCAACAUGUAGUUCUUUUGUAUUGCAACCCCAAACAGCAGUUAAGUGGAAAUACUGUUUAUACAUAUUAUAGAUAAUAUGUAGUAAUUUUUUUUUUUCCUUCCGGAGGACGUGUCUUUUCUGGAGCCUUCACACCUGUCUCCUAACCCAGAACUUCUGUACUCUUGGAAAAAAAUAGUCUGGAGACUGGAAUCUUCCACUGCAAGGAAAAGUAAAGGAAAAGAUAAAGAGCUCUAUGAAAAAAAGGAAAAUCAUUUUUUGAAACCAUACACUUUCUUCUCUUUCACUGCCACACCACAUGUUCAUUUAUUGAUUCAUUGCAGCUGUAAGAUGACAAUCAAGAGACCAACACCCGAGCUCAGCUAAUGAGACCACCAGAAGAACUCAUUACAGAAAAACAGUAAUUCCCUCAGUUCCUUCACCUUGAACACGUUAGCCUGAUGUGUCUAAAAAGGCUACAACUAUGGCAGGUUUUACAGGUAAAGCAUAUAGGGUUUGAGUAGAGCUCCAAAGCUAUUCCCGCUCACCUCAGAACAUACAAAAUGCAAAAUCCCUACCCACCUCUCCUUCUUAUGAGCUGUUGUUCCAGCAGAAGCUUAGAAAGAACGGCCUAAUUCUGCCUUGUCAAGACAAAGUAACACCUAGGUACUAGCAAUUUGUAAAUCUGAGACAUUCACAUUUUCCUAAAGAAUAAGCCACAUCAGAUAGUAUUUCUACUAAGCAUCCAAGGAGAGGCACCUUGAUAUUUUUCUGCAAUUUUCUACAUCAAGAAUCUGAGGACUUUGUGAUCUGUUAUUAAUGAUAAUGUGCUGUGAGAGAUUAAGCUACAAGUACAGACAAUUACAAAAACAAAUAUUCCACUGUCAUGCUGUUACCUGUGUGAAACAAAUAAUGAAAAAUCUCCCCCUCACACCCCGAACUGUUAAUAAAAUUUCAGCUCAAUUAAA